UCCAAGCUUGAAGUAGAUGCUGCUGAAGUUACGCGGUGAUGAGAAAACGCUGUUUUAACGCCAGUAGAUUCUAAUUCUCCACCAAUGUUAACAUUAUUGAGCUCAGGCAUCUUUCUCUCACCCUUCCUGGUUCUCUAAUCCGUCUUCUCUUCUAUUAUUUAUGGGGUAUUAUUCUUAGCAUUAUAUUAUAAUAUGCCUCCCUCCCAGGCCACUGUUCUCCCCUCCUCCCUACUUGCACCACCAGGCGAAGCCCACCUACUUUAAAUUCUCACACUUCCUUCUAACAAUCUCUUCCAUUCCACAAGCGACCAUCCAAGUCUAGUAGCAUUGCCGUCCUAAAAUCCUUUCCACUCCAGUGAUCAUCUUCAAUUUGAUCGCUCGGUGGAGAAUGAAUGGUAGGAAUGGUAGCAUCAAGAUCGACGUAACCUUGUCCCCGAAUGCUGUGCUACCUGGAUUUCUCAAGAAAUCUUGUGUCACCAAAAGCUUCUUCCUGAGAAAAUGGGUUCGAGAUGUGUGGGAGUUUGCCAAGGAGGACACCAACAGGGUAAUAUUUGCACUGAAGGUGGGCCUCGCCAUGCUUCUUGUGUCGCUGCUGGUCCUCAUACAAGCGCCUUUCAAGGUAUUCGGCACCAACAUCAUCUGGGCUAUCCUCACUGUUGGUAUUAUGUUCGAAUAUACUGUCGGUGCCACCUUCAACCGAGGAUUCAACCGAGCUGUUGGAAGCUUGCUUGCUGGAAUCUUUGCAAUCAUGGUGAUAGAAAUAGCUAUGUGCAGUGGUCACGUUGCAGAGCCAUACGUCAUUGGACUCAGCAUCUUCGUUGUUGGAGCUAUAACGUCCUUCAUGAAGCUGUGGCCAUCUCUUGCUCCCUAUGAGUAUGGCUUCAGAGUCACCCUCUUCACCUACUGCCUCAUCAUAGCCUCCGGUUACCGCAUGGGCAACCCAAUGAGGACUGCCAUGGAACGACUCUAUUCAAUUGCAAUCGGAGGGCUCCUCGCCAUCCUUGUGAAUGUCCUCAUCUGUCCGAUGUGGGCUGGUGAGCAGCUUCACAAGGAGCUCGUCAACGGCUUCAAUUCUGUCGCCGAGUCGCUCGAAGAAUGUGUAAAGAAGUAUUUAAGAGAUGAUGGAUCGGACCACCCAGAGUUCUCGAAGACAGUUAUUGAUGAAUUCCCUGAUGAACCUGCCUAUAAGAACUGUCGAGAAACAUUGAAUGCGGCAGCAAGAUUAGAUUCUUUGGCAAGCUCGGCAAAAUGGGAGCCACCACAUGGAAGGUUUCGGCACUUCUCUUACCCAUGGCCCGAGUACAUCAAAGUAGCUGCAGUGCUCCGGCACUGCGCCUAUGAGGUGAUGGCGCUGCAUGGCUGCCUGCAUUCAGAGAUACAGGCACCAUACAAUCUUAGAAUCACAUUCCAGUCAGAGAUCCAUGAUGCCGCAAGCCAAGCAGCAGAGCUGCUUCGCAGCUUGGGAAAUAACAUAAGCAACAUGAAGAGCAGCCUUCACACAAGCCUACUAAAACGUCUUCAUAGCUCUACUGGUCGUUUGCAGAGCUCCAUCGACCUGCACUCCUAUCUCUUAACAUCAACACAUAGUUUUUAUGAUUGCACUGCCAAACCAACUGAUAAACUUCCCAACACUUUAUCUUUAACCCUUAAAGACUGCUCUGGCCCCUUUCCCAAACAAAGCAGCGAUGCUGAACCCAAUCCAAAUCCUGCAGUGCCUAUACAAGCUGAGUCAUAUCAUGAGGCUAUGAGGAAGCAACAAAGGAGGCUUUAUUCAUGGCCUUCAAGAGAAGUGGAUGACUUCGAAGAAGAUGGAGGCGUUGACACUGACAUGAUUCCACAUAUGCGGACUCUGGAAAGUACUGCAGCUCUGUCCCUUGCUACUUUCACGUCACUGCUCAUUGAGUUCGUAGCUCGACUUGAUCACUUGGUUGAUGCAGUUGAUGCUCUUGCUAAGAUGGCGAAGUUUAAACAGGAGUCUGCAAGCUAGAAAGAAACAUUAUGGAUGGAAACACCAAUCUUCUUGCCAUCAAUUCCUAUAAAACGAUCAUAAGAGAGUGGAAUAUGAAACGAAAUUUUCAAUGACCACAACCAGAGGAAAUCAAUCAUAAUCUUUUGCCAGUGCUUUUCUGACAAACUUCAGCUUGCCGCUGGAUUUACUUCUUGGUUCAGUUCCUUUUCUUAUACUGGUCCUCAUCUCCAGACACCUUUUCACCAAGUUCCAGCCCAAUUCAAGCUUAAGAAUUCAUGUUUUCCUUUUUGUUUCAACUCAAAAAAAAUAAUCAGCUAUUUAA